AUGCUCUUAUCCUACCGAUGCAUCUACUCGGUGCUGCUGUCCACCAUAGCCAGUAUUAUGGUGGUCCUCAGCUCUGCAUCCUCCGGCUCCAUGCAGCUGCCCACCGUUCGCAAGUGCGGCGGUGGCGUCAGCUCCACGGGAGCAGCCCACACUAUGGCCAUGAACUUGGCGGCCUACGGGCUGCUGGAGAAUCGGAUUAGCACUCUGGAAGCACCGCGACAAACGCACUGGAGCAAGAAGUUCCUGGCCAAGCGGGAAGCGACUCCACACUCAGCGCCCUAUGUGGUCAGCAUCCAGAUGAUGACGCCGGAUCAAGGACUGGUCCACUACUGUGCCGGCACUGUGAUCAACGAGCACUGGAUCCUGACGGCGGCCCACUGCCUCAGUUCACCGCAGGCGGUGGAAAAUUCCGUCAUUGUGGCGGGCA